AUGCCAAACUAUGAGCACCCCCAGCUUGCAUUCGGGCCAUGGGACAUGGCUAGUAGCUAUAUCUGGGCCUUUGUCCCUGUCUCUUUCAAGUACUUGUAUUCUAUUCACUGGACAGUGUUCUCUACCGGUAACCCCCCUCCAUUCCCUGUGGUAGCUAAGACAUGGCGCACUACUGAUCCAUCAUCAACAUCAUCAUCAUCAACAUCAUCAUCAUCAUCAUCAUCAUCAUCAUCAUCAUCAUCAUCAUCAUCCAUCAUCCACUCCCUCCCUGGCUGGCUGGCCUGGCAUGUGGUGCAGCAAUGGAUGGGGGUCGAGGAACAGUCGAGUAGCCAAGUCAGAGCAAGAGCUUUCACCGACCAGCACGAAGCUCUCGCGAACUGGACACGCGGUGCGGCCAACGACGAGGGCUGCACAAGGAAGGAACGAUCGCGGCUAAGCAGGGGCGGCCGGCAACAAGCGAAGCGAGCAAGCUCCAAGCUCCAGGGCUCCUUCCAACUUCCAACCAGACCAGACCAGACCAGACCUGACCUCGCCCGAUAUAGUAUGGAUGUCGACGACCUCUUUGGAGACUCGGAGAAUGUCAACUUGCAAACAAUCAACGUUGCACCGCCCGUUAAAGGUCUUGCACGGAGAAUCGAUGACCUGCGAUCCAGUGGCUGUUGUCAGAGAAUAGCAUGGUCGAAGAAUGGCUGUGUUGCAUACAUCACUCCAGAUGGCUAUAGUGUCAAACUCAAAGUCUUCUUUCGAGACCCUGCCACCGCCAAGUGGGAUCUGGGCAAAGAUGUCCCACUGGAAUUUCCACAAGGCCAUGACGUCUACCCAUUAGUUCAUGUAUCCUGGAGUAAUCUGGGCAACGAUCUUGCUGUUGUAGACGAAGCCGGCCGUGCCAUGGUCUUCUCAUGCGCCAUGGCCUUGGAUCGAUUGCAGUUUGUUCCUGUCGAACUAGCCCAUCCAGAAUCCGAGGCAGAUGCCGUGGUGGGAAUGCAUUGGCUAGCGAUUCUUCCAUACGAACAAAAGAGUCACAUUGCCUGGUCGGCCGUGCGGGACGGUGCCAAAUGGAAGUGGAACAUUCGUUCCCACAAGUUCCAUGAUGCACAUCAUCCAAUUGACAGCAAAGCUUCAUUCAUCUAUCUCAAAAGGCACGGCGAGCUAAGGCUUCGUUUCCAACAAAACGACAGUGCAUGGCAAGAGAGCUCGGCUCAAUUGGGCCCAAUGGUUUCCACAAAGGAACCCUUUACACACGCUGCGUUCGCAUCUAAUAACGGUAAGAACCAGACCAAAAGUCUGUUACUAGCAGCUUAUGACGUGAACCGGCGACUGCAUCUCUAUCGCAUCGAGACCACUUGGAACAUUCCUGCGGAUAAGCAACCCAAUCGUGUGACGCCGUUCGAAAAGCCGACGAUACAGGUUGUGCUCAUUGCCAUGGAGGAUAAUACCAGUCCUAUCGACCUUACUGCAGCAGACCUGAGCAAUGGCACGGAACCGCAGGGAACCGCCGCUGCCCAAUUAACGCAUCUCAACUUCCUUCCUAUUACGCCUGAACAUGGCGAUGGCUCAUUGCCCACGAUCCAGGCCAUCUUCGCCAGACCGCCAAACAUGAUAGCCUGUGAUCAAAUGUCGCCUCAGGAAACGCUACAUAGCGUGAUAGUAAAGUGGACGGUGCUUCAGAGUCAGCAGAAUCAAGUACAUCCAAGCCUCGACCAAGUCACUUCGAAGAAGAAAGGCGUGAACUCAGUCUCUGGUAGGACCAUCUUCCUACUCCAAAGACAACCUGACUUCACCCUCCAUGCUGUCGUACUCGCCUUUUACCCUAUCUGGUACAACAUGUUACUGGCCUUUUGCUACAGUGACGGAACACUGGAAUUCAGGAAGCGAUCGACGAUGGAGAUAAUCAUGCCAGAUGGGAAUACUAAUACUGUGACUUCUCUACUACAAGCUGGCUAUGUCUUCUCGCAUGCCGAACCAUCACUGCAUGUUGCAUUCUCUCCAAAUCACUGCAUAGCAGUUUGCAUGCAACAAGAAGGCGGCAUCAAAUUACGCCCAAUGGAAUACCAAAACGGCACAAUCACCGACGAGGAAGACCCCCGGCAUUCUGCAGCACUCGCAGCGCUGGUGCUGCAGUCUUCAUCAGCAGCACAUCAGUACUACUCGAGCGACGACAUCUUUGCCAUUUUGGGUCCACUAUCAGAAAAGAGGAAACAAGAUUUCAUUGCCCUGCUCUUCGAUGGCCUGGACGUGAACAUUGACUGUGGUAUCGACGACAUGUGCAAUAAUCACCUCAUCCUUCUCGGCCGCGCCCCCUUCUUCGUCAAAACCCUGUCUGCAAUGCACAUACUCGGUCUCGAGGGAAUCGUCAGCCGCUCACUAACCAGCAAAAUUGCCUGGAUAGUGCUGAAUAUCAAAUAUGUCACCCAGAUCCUUACCACCAUCGCAAGGAUUCACAACCAAAAAAGCCCGCUCGAGAGCAAUUCUCUCCGCCCCGAUGGCGUACCCCAACUGAUCGGGGUAUGCCGCUGGAUGAUGCACUUCAUGGCCUAUAUACUCGACGAGCUCUUUUCUCUCGGCCGCGAAAUCGAAGACAUACCCCCAGAAUCUCUGACGCGCGAAGUGCUCGAGCAAAAAAUCCACGAGCUCAACAAGCCUGCCGUCCUCAUCCUCCUCUCCGCCUUUCCCCGCUUCAUGAUGAAGAGCUGGGCCCACCCGCUCGCCUGGGUCAAGCGCUCCGCAGACACACUCACCCACUCCUCCACACCAGUGCCCGCGCCUGAGAUCCGCAGAAUAUACACGCCCCUGCACGUCGCCCUCAACGAACUCCCCUUUGAAUGGCGCUGGUUCGAAAUGCUCGUUGUCGAAACUCACAACCUCGUCCGCGGCACGUUCAAGAAGGCCGGGCUCUCCGACAGCCAGCGCAACGCCGUCGAGCGCGAUCUCCUCGUCGGCAAAAUCCCAGACGUCUUGUUCCCCGUCGCCAAGCGCCUCGUUACCGAUCGCCUGUGGAAUAGCGCGCAACCUGGUGGCUGUCUGGCUGAUAAGUUGGAUGUCGGCAGGCUCAUGUUCUUCGAUACGACCUGGCUCGGCUUCACCGAGUCGAAGCGGGCCCGUCUGUGGCAUCAGAGCCAUGUGGUGGACGUUUGUCAGAAGAUGGUGAUUCGCGGUCGAGGCAAGACGGUGUAUCCUGGAAUCGCUGGGCCGUUGCAGGGUCAGGGUCAAGGUCACAGUCAAGGUCAGGGCCAGAGUCAGAAUGGGGAUCGGAAUGAUGGGUUGCGCAGUGUGCAUGGGGCCGGUCUUGGUGCUGUGGGCGGCUUGGAGGAGCCCGGGAAGAAGGCCAGGCUGAGGCAGUGUGUGAGGUGUGGAGAGUGCAUGGAGGAUGUGGUCCAGGGUCUGCCAGGCUAUAGUCUGACGCAUGCCAGUUGGCUCAUGGGCGUGGCCAAGCAUUGUAAUUGUGGGAAUAGCUGGAUGCUGGCAGACGACAAGAAGGGGGCCAAGUAG